AUGGGAAGAGACCCUUCAAAGGUUAUGGCUUACAUUGGUCAUUUCUUGAAGCUCCUUCAGAUCAUUUCACUCAUCUCUGUCUCUUCUUUUCAUUGGCCUCCUUUUUACUUCUGGCCUCUUUUUGCAUUUGGACAGUUCCUUAACGUCAGGGUUUAUCAGCUGCUUGGUGAAGCCGGCACAUACUAUGGCGUACGCUUUGGAAAAACUAUUCCCUGGGUAACCGAAUACCCUUUUGGGGUCAUCAGUGAUCCUCAAUAUAUUGGCAGCAUCAUGAGUAUUGCUGCAUGCCUUACAUGGGUUCCUUAUCAAUACAUUCUCUUGUGGGUUUUAGGAUAUGUGUUUAUGAUCCACGUUGAAUCGAAGGAAGAUCCAUCGACUCGUGCCAAGCCACUCAAUUGA